AUGCCACGAGCAUCCGACUGGGACCCGAGUUACUCGACGGACGAUGAGUGGUCCAGGCACAAAGUCACAAAGGACACUUUGAACAUUCACACUCGUCAUGUUCAUCCCCCCGCACCCCGACCCCCACCGCGGAGAGUCCAAGACGACGAGGUCUAUCGUCCUGACUAUGGUCGUCGCACGACAGAGUUUCUGGCUCCAGAAGUGCACUAUACAACCGGUCUCCAUCGAACUCGCUCACAAGGUCAUGCGCCUGCUCCCAACGUGACAAUCUACAACACCAGUCACCUGGAUAACGAUAGCCACCCCCGUGUAAGCACUGAGCAGAAGGGUCAAGACGCCAGUCCCCGUGGCCGACGCAUGCCUGGUGGGUUUGAGGACCUGGAAGAUAAUAUCGCUGCGCUGCGAGCAGACAUAAAGAAGGAGCAUCGUUCGCGCUCUAGGCACGAGUAUGAGCAUCAACGUGCUCCCGAGCCCAACUACGAAGACAAGAUCAAGUUGACGCUUGCCGAGCAGCGCCUUAGAGAUCUUGAAGAUAGGCUUGAGAGGGAGCGUCAGGAGCGAUACCAUCAUCAUUCGCCAGACCGUAGUUACGAGGACAAAGUCAAGUUGACACUUGCUGAGCAGCGGCUUCGGGAUGCUGAACAGCAACUCGAAAGGGAAAGACGUCAUCACUCGUCAGAUAGCUACAAGGAUAAGAUACAAGAGGCACUAACGCAACAACGCCUUGAAGAAGCCGAGGAGAAGGCUGAACGAGAACGUUGGGAGAGGGAAACCGAGAGACGGGAAGAAUUGGCCAGGCGCAGGGUUGAGCUUGAGUUCAUCCAUGACAGAAGGGACCGUGAGCAAGAAGCGGAAAACAUCAAGAGAAUGGAGGAGAGUAUGCGUCGCGAUUGGGAGUUGAAGCGAGAGAGGGAAGACCGAGACCGCGAGCGACGCGAUAUCGACGAGGAGAGAAAGAAGGCUCAGAUCAUCGCCGAGAACAGGGCGAAGAUGUCCAGAGAGCAAAGGGAGGCUGAGGAACAACGCGACAAGAUGCUUGCCAAACUAGAGAGGGAGCAGAGAGAACAGGAUGACGAACGCAAGCGGAUACUCGCAGAGGCCAAGCUCAAGCAAGCCAGAGAGCAACGUGAGGCCGAGGAACAGCGUGAGAAGAUCCUUUCUGAUAUGGAGAAGAAGAAGAAGCGAGAGAACGAAGAGCGCGCGCGCAUCAUUGCGGAGAAUACGGCUAAGCUUGAGAAGGAGGCACGUGAGCGUGAACUCAAGGAAAAGGCGUUUGAAGAAGAGCGCAAGCGAAUCAUCGCUGACAACGAAGCCAAAGUAGCUAAACAGGCAAGAGAGGCAAAGGAAGCUCAACAGCGUGCUGUCGAUGAAUACCAACGAAAGAAGGCCAAAGAAGAGGCCGAAGCUCAAGCAGAGAAAGACCGUAUCAUCUACGAGUACGAGCGCAAGAAGAUCCUAGACGCCGACAAGGAGAAGCGAGCAAAAGAGGAGCUCAUCAUGAAGCUCAAACUCGAAGAGGAAGAACGAAAGCGCAAGGAAAAGGAAGAAUUCGACGCCUUCACGAGAAAGCAGCAAGCGGCAGAAGAAGCAGAGAAGCGGAAGAAGGAGGCCCAGGAAAAGGAGCUCGAGGAAACUAUGCGCAAGCGACUCGCUCAAUUUGGCUUCCAAGACAACCAGAUCCAGGCGCUCGUCAACCCGGACAAGCAGCGUGAGCUUCAAGCAGGCAUGAUGCCCAACCAUCCUCUCCAUCCAAUCGCUCCUCCUGCGCCUCCGCCACCACCGCACCACCAUCACUCUCAUUCUCACUCGCACUCUUCUUCGCAUCAGAUCGCUAUUGCGCCUCCGCCUACCUACGCAAAGGUACACAGAAGCCAUCUCGACGUCGAGACGCUGCACUACUACGACAUUCCCUACGAAUUCGAUGUUAACCCCGAGUACAUCAUCGUCCUCCGCGAAAUGUCCCAACGCGAAACCGACAUCCUCUUCGAACAUACCCGUCGUCUGCGCACUGGACACGGUAGCAAGUUGUUUAUUGAAUCGGAAGGGAGGGAUAGACACGGUAAGAAGGAGUAUGCUUUUGGCUUUAGAUCAUCCCCGGGACCAAAUGUAGGCGCCUUAGACAACGAGUUUGAAGCCUUUCAAGCCGGCGGCCGGCCUCUUCCAACACAAAACUUCCAACCUUUCGAUCCACGAUUCGCGCAACCUCCUCCACAGUUUGCGCAAGCUCCACAAGCACCCGACUGGGCGGCCGACUUUCAACGCUUGAAUGUUAGCAGUCCGCCGCCACAGACGUUUCAGCAACAGCGACAGCGACAGCAGCCGGCGAGCGCAGCGUCAGCAUGGCAUCAGGACUUCUUGAGGCAGCAGGCUCCGGUCUCACAGGCGCCUGCAUUACAGCAAACCCCGUAUGGAGGCAUGUCGGGAUACAACAUGGGUGGAUUUGGCGGACAAGCAUACAUGCAGACACCAACUUUCCAGAACACCCAGGUCUCAGAGGUCGCGCAAGGGAAGCAGCGCGCCCAGGAUGACGUACCGGCGUUCGACGAGGCGGCCUUUGAACAAGCAUUUGCGCAGGCGCAACAAGACAUGAUGGAGACGGCAGAGGCAGAGCAAGUACACACACAGCCAGCGCAAGAGGCGCUGGAUCUGGACCGGCCGGGUGAGAUGGAUCCUCUUCUUCAACGGAUACGAGAAACGCGGCCAGCUGUUUACUCCGCCAUCCAGGUUUGGAGCGAAACUGGUCUCGGACGAACCGACGAAGCAGUAGCCUACCUCGAGAACAUGGAUCGCCUGGAGAAGAGUGGGACACUGGUACAAGAUGCGAACGAAGGGAAAUGGAUUGUCGAUUCUCUUCAAAGAAUCGUGAACCGCGAUGCGCCUCAAGAAGUCAAGACGCGCGCCGAAGAGCUCAUCAAGGCCAUCAACCAACGCCUCAUGUCGCAAUACCCACUCGGCUCACGCGUCCAGAUGAGCGAAGAGCAAAUAUGGCAGGAUCUAGAAGCAGCAGGCUACAUGCGAACGCCAGAGCCGCUACAACACUUCGAGCAGAAACCAGAAGAAGAGCAGAAGCAAGAACAACCGCCAAGAAACGAAGACGAUGAGAUGGCGGCAACAGCAGGCCGGUUGCUAGAGCGCGUAGCAGACAACACAAGCGAGAAAUUCCAAAACUCACAAUUUCUGGGAUUAAUGCGCCGCCUGCGAGACCGCGAAGUAAGAGUACAAGAGGACAAGAUCGUCGAAGUUGAUGCCAGCGCUCCACAAUCACAGUCCCAGCCAACAAACACAAUGACCACGCCCCAAACCACCAUCUCCCAGCAACCACAACCUCAAACCCAACAACACCCACCUUCAUCAACGCAAAUCCCCGAAAUCGACCCCACGAUCCUCUCCCACGCCGCCACCGACUUCGAAGCCCCAAUCUACUACGGCGAGGACCCACAACCACAGCAGUAUGCCCAGCCUCCUCCUUCUUCCUCCCCACAUAAUCCCCCCAGGGAGUCCCUAAUAACUGAUGAGAUUUCAGAACAAUAUAGAUACUACAAUGUCCAUGCCGCUUAUCACCGGUGA